AUGGCCGCAAUCAAUCGCGCCUUUGCGCACGACGAUGUCCUGAAGCAGAAGAUCUUCGACGUACUGAACGUCAAUCCCCAGUACGACACGCUAUUUGAGGAAAUUGCACGGUACAUCCUCUACUACGGCCCGCAGAGCCUCAAUAACGGCGACAACGACCAACUCCAUGCGUCGAAGAAGCGGAAACUCACAAACGGCAGCCUCCCCAUCACCUCUAUCUCCGGCCCAAACAGCCAAGACGGGACCCAGGAGCAAAAAGGACCUCGUCAAGUGAUCCUAGAAGCAAGAGAUAUCUCGUUCUCCCUACCCCAGCGAAAGAAACUACACCUCGGAAUCGCGCAAUACGGCACAGACAUGCACGACCCAGACACGACGUUUACGAUAUUCACGCGGAACCCUGCCACGAGCCAGAUCGACAUGGAAGUGCCUCUCUCGCGAUUCGCCUACGCGCUGCGGCUGCCUGUGCCCGAAAAGGCGGCGAAACAGUACAAUUUCUGCCUUAUUCCCCGGACUGGGGGGGAUUUGAACAGUCUUCCUCCUCCCGAACCGAUCAUCUGGACGGUCAACCAUGGGGCCCUGAAAUCAUGCCACGUUUCCAGUCCCGAGCUGGCCAAGAUCGCAUCCGGCCCGGACGAGAUCCUCGAGAAGGCUCUGGACUUCCUUCUGCAAAAGAGCAGUGGAAUCAACCUGACGUUUCCGACCGCGGAGGAGUUCGCCAGCGCCAAACCCGAAUCUCACCGCAAGGGCGAUAAAGCUUAUCACGUCAAGGCCUUCCGCGGCAGUAAAGACGGAUACCUGUUUUUCUUGCACACCGGCAUCUUCUUCGGGUUCAAGAAGCCGCUUUCCUUCUUCGCGUUCGACGAUAUCGAGUCUAUCUCGUAUACUUCAGUCUUACAGCGCACCUUUAAUCUCAAUAUCGCGUACAGAUUACCGCCCGGGUCGUCUGAUGGUGCUGGGGCGAAUGAUGUUCCCGUGCAGGAAGUCGAGUUCUCUAUGCUGGACCAGGCCGAUUUUCCUGGCAUAGACGCCUACGUGAAACGACAUGGCUUGCAGGAUGCCAGUCUCGCCGAGUCGCGCAGAGCUACUAAGAAAGCCAAUGCUGCUGCCGCUGCCGCCGCCGCGAAUGGAAGUGGGAAGCAGGAAGCGGGAACUGAGGGAGUCGGUGGAUCUGGAGACGAAGAAGAUACCCGGACCGAAUUGGAAAAGGCGCAACAGCAGCUCGAGGAUGAGGAGGAUGAGGAAGAAGAGGAUUACGAUCCUGGCAGUGAAGGCGAGAGCGACGGAAGUGGGAGUGACGAGGACAGCGAGGAUGAUGACAACGGUGCGCAGCAGAAUAUGCGACAAACAAGGAGGAAGACCAAGACGAAGAGUCGUGAUCUGGUUGCUGAAGAAUUGGGCAGCGAGGCUGAAGAUGUCAGUGUCACUGAAGCUGAGGAUGGAGGACGCGUAGAGGCAGAAGACGGCGACGAGGAAGGGGAGGUAUAUGAGGAGGAAGAAGAGGAGGAGGAGGAGGAGGAGGAGCAGGCCGAUCAAGCUCAGGCUGUACCAUCGACCGGCAAAGGCGAUCCUUCAAGCCCAGUCCAUCAGCCUGCUUGGAAACAUGACCCUGGCAUGCCCGAUCCAGAUGAUGAGGAUCAAUUGUGA